UUGCACUUCAAGAGUGUGCUGUCAGCGUUGGAUCCCCACACGCUCCUGGUAGCCGACAGCCCCAUGGGUCGGGCUUUGGCCGCCCAGAUCUCCGCCGUCCCCGCCCUGGCCUCUCGCCUCACCCUGCAAUUCCUGCCCGAAACCCUGCCCUGCAACGUUCUGAGCGCCGGGCCGCAUGUCGUGAUGCAGACGGGGUUCCCGGCUUCGGAGGCCGUUGUACGGCAGUUGUGUACGGAACGCGGCAUGCAGUUGCACGUCAUUGGGAUGGGCGAGCUGGCAAAGGCUGAUGGCGCGCUGACGUGUUGCAGUUUGCUGUUCACG